AUGAGCUCUUACUUUGUUAACUCGUUUUCAGGGCGCUAUCCGAAUGGCUCCGACUAUCAGUUACUAAAUUAUGGGACUAACGGCACUGUGAACGGUACGUUCAGGGACCCUGGCACCAUGCACUCUGGGUCUUUCGGAUGCAACUACAAUGGCAUGGACCUAACCGUAAAUCGCCCCGACACUGGUAGCCACUUCGCGGCUGUUGGAGAGGAUACCCGUGGUUUUCAGUCCACUGGCCCGGAUGCCCGGUACAGAUUGCCGACCUGCUCGCUUUCGUCUCCAGAUCCCCUUCCUUGCGCCAACCGCGAGUCUUUGGAACUAAAAAGCCCCUCUCCUCCACCUGACCGGAGCACGACCUCGAUCGCCAACAAUAAUCUCAACAAAGGCAACAACAGUCAUUUUACAGAGAUAGAGGAUACCAGCGUUGUCUCUGAGACCGAGGAAGGCGCGCACACAAGCAGUACCAGCAGCAUGGCUGCCCGGGCACAACAACUACAACAGGAGUCCAAUAACGCAACCUCCACGACAAUCUCAAACGAUUGCCAAACGCCGCAAAUAUUCCCAUGGAUGCGGAAACUGCACAUUAACCAUGAAAUGGCUGGACCAGAUGGGAAAAGGGCCCGAACAGCGUACACCCGCUACCAGACGCUAGAGCUGGAGAAAGAAUUUCACUUCAAUAGAUACCUAACCCGGAGGAGGAGAAUAGAGAUAGCCCACACGUUGUGCCUCACGGAACGACAAAUAAAAAUCUGGUUUCAGAAUCGAAGGAUGAAAUGGAAGAAGGACAAUAAACUGAAAAGUAUGAGUCUGGUUACAGGAGGUAGCGCGUUCCAUAACUGA